UACAGCGGUUGAUUCUCAUCAACUUCAUCUGAAAACCAAGACAAUAGGUACCUUUGCUCUGUUUUAUCCAAGAAAUGUGUCGAAAAAAUACGGUCGCUUAUUUAUAAAUAAGGAACAAGUUUUCGGGUGAUUGGACAUUUAUUCUUCUUAUCCAAGGAUUUUGGAUCUGAAGAUGUAACUGGAGAUUUCACGUGUCAUCGAUGACUAGAUGAAUUGGAAGGGCUCGCUAGCUGUUAAAUGAGGAGUCACUACAAAAUGUAGUACGUUCUAACCGAUGUCCUGGUUAGUAAAACAUCUCCUCCAUGACGCAAUGGAUGUUCUAAGCUGACGAAAGUAAAAACAUGGCGUUCAAUUUGUGGCGCCCUUUGAGGCGUUUUUUCUGUACACCGUGUGGGAUGUUGAACUUUGUUUACGUUCUUGCCACGUCCUCAGUUCUUCUUUUAAUGCACCUGAUGUACAUCAACAGCAACCUGAAAAGUUUCGCCCCCAUCGUCAAGACCGUCAACACGGAUGUAAAACGUGUGCUUUAUUUCCAGACUUCCAAUCUUGCCACUAAAGCGCCAACCCAUUCGAUUAACGUCGUCAAAACCGAUUGGAUUUCCGCACAAAACCGGACAAUUGUGUCUAAACGCCCGGAUGUGUGCGAUUCGUGCUUUCCGCAUCAUUACACUUAUAUUUUGGAUAGCGAGGAAAUAUGCAGUGUCGGGGCCGAUAAAAAAGAUGUCAAGGUCAUCGUGCUCAUUUCUACAACUCAUGUAAACACAGCCAGGAGGAAGGCGCUCCGAGAAACAUGGCUGACGCAUACGAGAUCGAAUACAGGUGACGUCAGGUACGCCUUCCUGCUCGGGGCGACGUCAAACACCGCGGAUCAGGUUGCCUUGGAAACGGAGAGCGCCACCUAUCGUGACAUCAUUCAAGAAGACUUCGAAGAUAGUUAUAAUAAUUUGACCUUAAAAACGAUAAUGGCCUUCAAGUGGGCGAGUCUCAAGUGCAAGGUCGCCAAAUUCUUCAUGAAAACAGAUGACGACAUGUUUGUGAAUUUGAAUUCCUUGAAGGAUGCAGUGACGAAAUAUAGUUCUGUGCUAGAGAAAGGUAUCGGGGGAUACUGUAACCUCAGCCGCGAGCCAAUCAGGUCUAAAACCGAAAAGUGGUCAGUGACCUACGAAAUGUACCCCAAUAAGUUGUAUCCGCCAUAUUGUUCCGGUACGGGUUACGUGACUAGUAUGAACGUCGUGGAGAAGGUGUAUAAGGUCUCCAAGGACGUCCCGUUCAUUUAUCUAGAGGACGUGUAUGUGUCUCUGUGUUUGAAUAGACUCGGGUUAAACGCCACGCACCUGCCGGGAUUUCACGCCGCCCUCCAGAAAAUCGGAUGUGAGUACCAAUCGAAAAAGUUAGUGACGUCACACCGACUGACCCCUAAAAUGUUGCAUGAAGCGUGGAAUUUGAAAAAUUGUAGCACGAAAGCGUGAGCAUAUCGGUGCGUGUGAUUUUUAAUCCAUUUCAACGAAAAAAUUUGACAUUUACUCAGGGAUAUUUGUAUAUAUGAUGAUCAUGAACAAAGAAGUUUGAAGUUCUU